AUGGAGCGGCCGAUCAAGGUCAUCCAAGCCCCGGCGAGAGUCAUGUGGAUCUCAAAGACGGUCCUCCGCUCCCUCUCCCUGAUCUUGGGCAUCGCGCUCCUCGGUGUCGUCGCUGCCAUCGCCGCCACCUCUUACGACGAUGACGAUUAUUAUUACUACUCCUACGGCGAUUCCUUCCUCUGGCUUACCCUGGCAACUGGUGUCGCCCUUACGGGCCUGCUUUGCGCUGGGUCCUUCUGCGCCAUCGGCUAUGACGACGAAGGAACGGGCAGCGCGGCGCGUCGCAACGCCCUUGUCGCCCUGGGAGUCAUAAUCACUAUCGUGCACUUCGUGCUGUUCGUCAUCGCCUGCUGGGAAACCAGUGUCCGGAACCGCGCCAUCCGCAUCAUCGUCGGUCGUGAUGGCGUGCCGCUCAAGGGCUCCGAAAACGCCUCCACGUUCUAUCAGGCCCAGCAGGUCCAGCUUGGCAUCGCCGCCCCGCCCAAUGGUCAGCAGGCUCACCUUGCUGCUGCCCCAGCUGUCACUAUCUUCCCCCCUGUGCUGUUUCACCAGGUACCUCCCAUGCAGAACUACUCGAUUUCGACUCCCGCAAGUCGCCCGGUGGGAUCCGAUCUCCAAGUUGUAUCUCAGCCGGGCCCCGCCCAUUCCCCUUCCGAGAUUUCUAACGCCGGCCCUUUACCUAUUCACUCUUCUCCAACUCAUCCUCCCGCGAAUAACCCUCCUCAGGCGUAA